AUGACUCCACCUCCAGAAAGGGACUUUGACCUCGUCGCAGGGGCCGAGCUCGAUAUGUCGGGCAAUAGAAAACGCUCCAGCGAAGAUGCGACGGAGUACCCGCGCAGACGAGCAACCAUUGCCUGCCAGAUAUGCCGGCUACGCAAAACCCGAUGUAAUGGAGCCCGACCCAAAUGCCAGCUGUGCACAGAUCUCGAUGCCGAGUGCGUGUACCGAGAGCCAGGCAUCAAGCUUGACGCUGGUGACAAGCUGAUUCUCGAGCAUCUGACACGAAUAGAGGGCUUGCUGCACUCCAGCCUAGCGGGCCAAGGCCCUCAUCACCUAGCCCUAUCGUCGACAUCUCCAGCCACGAGUAACGACACUGGGGCCGGGAGCGAGGGCCUGAUGACCAAGAUUAAUGGAGCGCCGACAUCCGGAAGGCUGAUCGCGGUGGGACUCGGCUCCUGGGCCAAUCCGCCGUCGAGCAUUAGCAUAUCUACUAUGCCCAAGGUGCACAGCACCCCGGCGCUGCAUCUACUUCAAUGGCCCCUCAUUAGGGAUUUGAUAUUGGGACCGUACGACCCGCAGAAUCUCCUCCAACUUGAAAUGGCGCGCGAACCACUGCGGAUGACCCCGAACUCUGGAUUCGAUUUAGCUAAUACGCCUGCAUAUGUGCAAGCGUUCUUCAACCAUGCAAAUGUCUGGUACGCCUGCGUGAACCCAUACACAUGGAACAGAAACUACAAAACGGCCUUAGCACAGGGGUUCCAAGAUGGGCCAGUGAGCUGCCUAGUCCUAUUGGUCUUAGCCCUUGGUGCCGCCAGCCGCAACGGCAGCAUCGCGUUCCUGCCAGCAGAUCGCGAGCCACCCGGACUUCCGUAUUUUGCCUCAGCUUGGAAGAUCCUGCCAUCAGUGAUGAUGCGCAACUCUGCCACUGCAGCGCAGUGCAUGGUUCUCGCAUCGGCCUAUUUGUUCUACCUGGUGCGGCCACUCGAAGCCUGGACCUUGCUGUCAAACGUGAGCAUGAAGUUACAACUGCUGUUCGGCAAUCCAAACCGGGUGCCAGCGCAGUGGAAAGAGCUCAGUGUGCGGGUAUAUUGGAACUCGCUUCUAUAUGAGAGCGAUCUACUAGCGGAGCUGGACCUCCCACACUCCGGAAUCGUGAAUUUUGAGGAACUGGUCGAUCUGCCCGGAGGAUUCGAAGAAGAUGACGACGACGACAACAUCGAAGACGAGGGACUAGAUGGAGAGCACGAGAGAGAAGAACGCAGCGGCAGCCUCACCGAAGAACAGGCAGGACACGAUGAAUUGUGGUACUUCCUAGCUGAGAUUGCUCUCCGAAGGCUCUUAAACCGGGUUAGUCAUCUCAUCUACCAGAAAGAUGGCAUACACACUAUAUCCUCUCUGGGACCGAUUGUCUCAGAAUUGGACUUCCAGCUGUCCCAGUGGUACGACAGCCUCCCGCAGCCGGUUCAGUUCCCACUGACGCAGACGCCGCUCUCCAACCCCGUACAGACGGUGUUGAGGUUGCGUUACAACGCCUGCCGGACGAUCAUCUACCGCCCGUACAUACUAGCCACCUUCGAGAACGAGCAAAUUGGCGCCGAUCCGGCUGUCCGCGAGUGCUGUCGCAGGUGUCUGGAUGCUACACUGCGGCAAUUGGAACAUGUCACCAGUCACCGCGAAGGGCAUCUUCCGUAUCUCUGGCAGGGGGCGUUGUCAAUGGUGUCCCAGACGCUGUUGAUCAUGGGCGCCACCAUGUCGCCGACUCUGUCGACGCUUCUUCCGCCUCCACUACGGGUUGACGCGAUCAUCUCAAGUGUAGUCGCCGAGGUCGAGCGGUAUGCUCAUCUGGCGCCGAGUUUGAAAUUGUCCUCGGACAUCAUCCGUGAUGCGGAGAGAAGACGGCAGAUCUGUCUUCGCACGGCCGGGGUCAGCAUCUAG